AUGGCAGACGAGAACUCCCACGACCCCGAACCCCCACCAGGGGCAGUUGCCCACCCCUCAAACCCAGCCCUGCAAGCCGACUACGACCUCUCCCGGCCCCUCGCGGCAGGACCAUCAGCGCACGGCCUCCGGCGCGGGCUCCCGGGCUACGGCGACCCGCACUUUGCCCUGUUCCUGCGCAAGGUGUUUAUCAAAGCGCUCGGGUACAGCGACGACGCGCUGUCCCGCCCCAUCGUGGGCAUCAUCGACACGCGCUCGGGCUUCAACCCGUGCCACGCCAACGUGCCGCAGCUGAUCGAGGCCGCCAAGAGGGGCGUGCACCUGGCCGGCGGGCUGGCGGUCGAGUUCCCGACCAUCAGCGUCCACGAGAGCUUCGCCAGCCCGACGAGCAUGUUCCUCCGGAACCUGAUGAGCAUCGACACCGAGGAGAUGAUCCGCGCCCAGCCGCUCGACGCCUGCGUCGCCGUCGGGGGCUGCGACAAGACCGUCCCGGCGCAGCUCAUGGGCGGCAUAUCGGCCGACAGGCCCGUGCUGCCGCUUGUCACGGGGCCCAUGAUGCCGGGGAGCCACAGGGGGGUGCGCGUCGGCGCGUGUACGGAUUGUCGCAGCAGCUGGGCUGCUUUCAGGGCGGGGACGAUGGAUAUCGAGGAGAUCGCUGCGAUCAACGAGGAGCUCGCCCCGACCGGAGGGACAUGUGGCGUCAUGGGAACCGCGAGCACCAUGGCCUGUGUCACAGCCGCCCUGGGACUCAUGCCCCUGAGGGGAGCUAGCGCCCCGGCAGUAUCGUCAUCCCGAAUCCGCAUCGCCGAGGAGACGGGCCGGAACGCAGUGGCCGCAGCCGCCGCAAACCGGACGCCGCAGGGGCUGCUGACAGUCGAUUCAUUCCACAACGCCAUCACCGUCCUGCAAGCCAUCGGCGGCUCCACCAACGCCGUCGUGCACCUUCUCGCCAUUGCCAACCGCCACCCCCAGAUCCAGGGGCUCAUCACACUGCAGACGUUUGACGACAUUGGCCGCGAGACGCCACUACUGGUCGACCUAAAGCCAAGCGGGGACAACUACCUGACCGAUUUCCACAACGCCGGUGGGAUGCUGGCCCUGCUCCAUACGCUCCGGCCGCUGCUUCGACUCGGCGCUGCAACCAUCGAAGGCCGCACCCUAGGUGAGGUUCUCGACGCCGAGCCCAUGACCCGCGAGUUCCCGUUCAUGAGACAAAUCAUCCGACCACUUUCAGACCCGUUGUAUCCUGCGUCAUCCCUAGCCGUCCUGCGAGGCAACAUUGCGCCCGGAGGCGCCGUGAUCAAGGCAUCGGCCUCCAAAGACCGUAAGCUCCUUCGCCACCGCGGUCCUGCGGUCGUAUUCGCCAACAGCGCCGACAUGGCAGCCCGGAUCGAUGACCCAGAGCUUGAUGCGACCGCAGACAGCGUCCUCGUGCUGCAGGGCAUCGGUCCGGUUGGGAAUCCAGGCAUGCCAGAGGCCGGCCUGAUCCCCAUCCCACGGAAAUUGGCUGCACAAGGCGUGUCAGACAUGCUGCGGCUGAGCGAUGGGCGGAUGAGUGGGACUGCAGGAGGGAGCGUGGUGCUUCACAUCUCGCCCGAGUCGGCACUGCCGGACAGUGUGUUUGGUAUUGUGCAAAACGGCGAUAUGAUUUUGUGCGACGUAGAAAACAGGCUACUGCAGCUCGACGUUAGUGACGAGGAGAUAAAGGGAAGAAUCCGCUCAAGGGCCGAAACAAAGACCAAUCUGGAUCAAUCACAAGACAAAAAAGUUCCGGUCCGAGGAUAUCGCGGUCUAUACCUGCGCUCCGUCAACCAAGCGGAGUUCGGUGUAGACUUUGACUUUCUCACAGCCAAUGGAGGGCUGGAUGUGACGUAAAGCAGCACUGCAACAGCUGAUGGCUAG